AUGGAUCAACAAGUACAAUAAAAAGAGCUUUUGAAAAGAUUACAUCAAUAAUUAAAGUCUGCAGUGACACUUUAAUCUAAGAUUCAAAAUGUGACCUAUUUACUUUAAUGUUUACCUGAUUUUUUAGAUAUGUAUUAUUUAAUAUUAAUUUAAGGUUUGCAUAAUCUAAUUCAAUGAAAUUAAUUACAUAAUAUUUAAAAGAUGCUUUGAAAUCAAUUUAAACAAAUGAAGAAUUGAUUGAUAAAAUUUUGGCAUUAUUAAUUAGAAUGAAUUUAAAUGAAGAAAUUUUUAGAGAAUCACAAAUUGCUCAACCUUUAUAUAAAAUAAAAGAUAAAAAACUUUUUGAUAAUAUAAGAUCUAAUAUGAUUGAAUAGAUCUAAUAGAAAUGGUCUCGAUGCUUUAUUAAAUAUAAAGCAUGGCUUGAAGAAUGGAAAAGAAAUAACAAUUAGAAGGAUAAAUAAGAAGAUAGAAAAAAGAAGGGAAAAAGAAAUUAAUCAUCAAGUUCUAGUGAUUCAUCUAUUAAAAAGAAGAAAAGCAAAAAGAAAUCUGUUAGGUGAUACUUAAAUAUUUAAUUAAAUAGAUUUCAAAGAGAUGAACUUUUACUUAAUUAUAAAUAUUUUAAGAGAGAAGAUGAACCUAAUUAAAGAGGAAUGACUUAAGAUGAAGUGAUUUAAUUUCAAAAACUAUUUGCUAAUGAAUUAAAGAUAAGCAAUUAAAUUAAUGGAGCAUACAAUAUUAAGCAUAGAGAAUCAUUAAUGGAAGGAUAAGAACAUAGAAUGUAAUAAGAUAAUAUCUAACAAAUGUUAGAAUAAAUACCAUUUAUUAAACCUUUAAGUUUUUAUUAUUAUCUAUACCUAGAAUUGUUUAUAUAAUAAUAAGUAUCUUAUGAUACCAAUUAUAUUGAAACUCUAAUUUAGUAAAAAAGAACAGAAUCUAAAAUGUCUGCAUUUUAUAAUAGAGAUGUAUAAAACUAUUUAUGAACUCUUAGAAUAUUCCAGAUUAGCCUGGGUAUAACGAAAUUUCUAAUACUUAAUUAGGUUUAUAACCGAAAAUAAUACAUUUAGAUCCUCCAAAAAGAGAGGAUCUUAUGUAUAUGGUUCAAAUUAUUUUUAAUAGAGAUCUAAAAGAAUUAGAAGAAAAAAAUAAAAAUACUAAUAAAAAAUAAAUUAAAGGAAUUCUUAAAAAGCCUCCUGAAGAAUAAGUCAAAUAAAGAGAUGUUUUAAAUCAAGCUAAACAAGAUUUAUAACCUAAAAUGUAAUAAUUAGUCUCAAUGGUUGAAUAAAAGCAUUAACAUAGUUAAGAAAGCAUUCGUAUAAAUAUUUCAUUAUUAAGUAACUUUAUUACAUGAUAUUGUUUAAAAAUUAAAGGAUUUCGGUGAGGAAAUAUAUAUAAAAAAUUUUAAAUCUCUUCUUGAGGCUAAAUUGAAUGAUAAGCAAACAAUAAUGAAUGAUAUCGACCGUGUAAAAUAUCAAUAAGAUUAACAAAGACAACGACUUGAGCAAUUACAAAAUAUCAAUCCUGCUCAAGCAUUAAGAAUUAGAGCUUAUAAAACCAAAAAUUGUCAUAAUUUUCAUUCUCCUUUAGGAUGCUAAAGAGGAGAUAAUUGUAAUUUUAUUCAUGAUUCUCGUUAUCCUGGUAGACCAGCUCCAACACUUUAAUUUCCAAACUUCCUAAAUAAAACUCUAUAUCCUUUAUCCAAUAUGGCUAUAAUCGUUCCACCUCUGCUUUAAUAACUUAAUCCUGCUAUUCUGCUAGGAAGGAAAAAAAAAUAUGAAAGCCUAUGAG